UAUUACAUCAACAACACCUCCCUUCACAGAUGGCGCUGUGUCAGCUUGAAAGCAAUAGUAGGCAGUUCAUAAGUUCAGAAAGUUUAUAACAGAUCGGCAUCAAAUAUAUAUUUCAAGAUGCCAAGAGGUGGGUUAAGAGACAGUCGAGGCAAGAAAAGUAAAAAGGGACAAAGACGUCAUUUUACAGAUGAAGAGGCAUUAAAAAAUGAAGAACAAAAAUUAGAAAGAGAAAAAAACUGGAGGCGGCAGCAAGGUGAAGGGGAAAGUGAUGAAGAGGAGGGUGCUGGUGCCACCAGUAGUAGAAAAAAAGAUGGCAGUGGAAGUUCUUCUAGUUCAGAUAGCAGUAGUGAUGAAGAAGAAGAGAAAAAAUCAAAGGGUGUAGAGGGAUUUAUUGAAGUAGCUAAUCCUAAUCGUUCGGUAAAACAAGCUAAAAAAGUGACUGAUAUUGAUACUGGACAUAAAACAGUUUUAUCUCGUCGUGAAAGAGAAGAAUUAGAAAAAACUGAAGCAAAGAAAAAGUAUGAUCAACUACACAUGGAAGGCAAAACUACAGAAGCUCAAGCUGAUCUAGCUCGUUUAGCACUUAUUAGAAAACAAAGAGAAGAACAGGCUAAAAAACGAGACGAAGAAAGAAAAGAAUUAGAAAACAAGAAAAAACAGGUGGCUUCUUCCAAAGGAAAAUCAUGACAUCUUUGUAUCAUUUAUAAUAAUCAAUUAAGAAUUAUAUAUAUAACAUUGUAUAAAUCUAUGAAUUAUUAUAUGCCAACUAUAAUUUGUUAUACCUACACCAUUCACAGUUCAAGUUUCUAUUUUAGCUAUAGUUUUUUUGAUGGUACUGUAAAGCAAGAAAGUAAUGCAACAUGCUACUUAAAUUUGAAUUGAUAUUAAAGGUACCUGCCCAUAUCCUGUCAUCUUCUUGUAAUUAUAUAUGUAUAUUAUAUAUUCAAGUAAGACCAUCACCUGAUAAUGACCUCAUUGUUAUGUUAUUAGUGAUAUUGAUAGCUAAUUGUCUGAUUAAUCAACCAUCAAUUUUUGGGUUUUUUUGUUGGUUUUUUUUGAUGGUUGAUAGAACCACUGGUUUCUGGUAAAAUAACAAUGUGCAUAACAUAUUUGAGAUGAAAAUUGUGUAAGCUUAUUUAGAUUAAUAGGAUUGGAGAUAGGUCACAUUUAACAUAUUGGUUUCUUUAUUUCAUAUAUUUCUUGUUUUACAGAAUGUGUAUUAAAUGAAUCUUACAUUUAUCUGUGUUGACUAAGACUACUUUCAUUUUUAACAAUAGAAGUAACCAAUUGUUACCAGACAGUUGCAUAGUUGUUACAUUAGCACCAUCCUAUUGAUCACAGUUGACUAUAUUUGUUUUGAAGGGUGUUAAGUUACAAAAUACAAAAGUGCUUUGAAAUUAAUGUGACCCUCAUUAGGUUAUGUUUAUUGCAUUAUUUUCUUGUUUUUACAAUAGUUAUUUAAUUAUUGGUUGGUAAACUGUUGAUGGCUAAAUGCAUUUAUAAAACAUACCUUAAAGAUGCAUUAUGUAAGAUUUAGAUAAAGAGUUGGUUGUUCUUGCUAUAAUAUAAUAGUAUUAAAACAGAUAAUAAAAAAUGAAUAUAUUGAAAAUUUCAGUCUAAGCGAAGUUACCAGGAUUGUCCAUUUUUGGUUUAAAUUGAUAAAUGGCAAAUGUUAUUCAAUCCAUUAAAAAUUGUGAUCAUCUGAUGUUCUAGAGAGUUGGUUUUGUGAAUAAAUGUCUGAUUAAUAAUUUAUAUAAGAUUAAAGACCAAAAGAAUUACCUGCAACAAGCAGAUUUAGCUUUUACAUAAUGCAUCUUUAAUAAGACAAUACUGUAUAUGUUUAUCUGUCUUAUUUACAUACUUAAAUAAUAUAAACAAUGUAUAUGAAUGAUUGUAUAACUUGCUUAUAUGUUGAGUUGCCUGUUCUUUAUUUAAUGAUGGCAAAAUAGGUUUUGUGUAUGCAAAAUUUAUCCUGUACAUUACAUUGGAAAAUCAUAUUUUCAAAAAGAAAAAUUGGAGAGGGUCUGAGAAAUAUUGUCAUGGGUAGAUAACCUGAAAUGAUUACAGGUAUUUUGUGGAUAUAAAUGCAGAUGGAAUACUUGAAAGCGGUUGAAUUAGUGCUCUGGGGAAAUGUAAACGACUUUCUUUUCUCAGUUAUAUAUAAACAAUCAUUGACAUUGGAUUUUUUUACAUCAUUGAUAUUUUUUAGUUGAGGAAAGUAUCUUAAUUCAAAGACCAAGAUUCUCCUUUGCAAAUAAACAGGAGAUUUUUUUUUCUAAAACAGUCUAUAGCUUUAGGAUUCAGUUAUAAAAUGACCAAAUAUGUUGAUACAUAUAAUAAUAAAAAUACAUGUACAUACAUCUGUUCAAUAUUAUCCUGCAACCCUUGCAUUUGGUUGGACACUUCAAUGAUACUUGGGGGGUUGGAUGGCCGAAUGGUUAGCGCUUGUACAUUAUAUAAUAAGGUCUGUCAUUGUGUCAACUAACUGUAGUCGUUUCGAUUCCCUGGCUGUAUGUGACAAGGAGUAGGGUUGCCUGCCCAACCUUCUGGGUUUUUUCUGGGUCCUCCGGUUUCCUCCCACUGCUAAAGACCCCUAUGCGCAAGCAAAUUAUUUAAAUAAAAUUGAACCAUGUUAGUCCCGAAAUGACCUUGUUUGUGUUGAGUGGACGUUAAACCCCAUCUCUCUCUCUCAAUUUUACUUUCAUAUGGGAUGGUUUUUGUUUGAUUAUGAUGAAAAGCUCUAGAUAUAUUUUUUUUUUUUAAGUCAUCCAGAAUGAAUGGCUGACAUAAAUCUAUAUUAUCUCCAUACAUUCUAUAUCUUUGUGAGCAGCAUAUUAUUUAAUCAUUAGUUGGUCAUCAGUUACAAUGUAAUGUAUUGCUUAUUAUUUAUAAAUCUAUGGUCAUUGGCAUGCUCCGAUCUAUUCUGUCAUAUAAAACUCUCAUGGUCUAUUAAACCAAAGCAUUUGUUUUCUUGAA